CAUUCAUUUCGUGUAGAAUUUGACAAUGUUUGGAUUUUACAUACUUGUUUUGCUCGCAGCAGCAUUAGGUGUUGAAUCUAAGAUUAACAUCUCAUGUCUAAAUGGUAAAAAGUACGUUCAGAAUGGGGAAAAUGUUAGUCUGAAUUGCUCGUUUUCAUCUGCUGAUGUGACGGCGACGGCAUGGUUCAAACAGACUCCAGGAGAAAAGCCUCUUCUGAUUGCCUCGGCUUUUCGUUCUUCCGCAGCUGUUUAUCAUAAUGGGUUUAAUAAGAGUGGCCGUUUUAUUGCAGUAACAGAGCAAAACACUUUUACUUUAAAUAUUUCAAAUACAGAAGCAUCAGAUUCAGCUACGUACUUCUGCGCAGUUGCAUAUUUUACAGAUAUCGCUCUAUCAGACUGCACAGUUCUAGUCCUCAAAGACGCACCUUCAAGUCUCUACACUGUUCUCCAGCCUCCCGUAUCAGAUCCAGUUCAACUGGGAGGAGAUACAACUCUGCAGUGUUCAAUACUCACAGAUAACUCUGCAGGAGAUCACAGUGUGUACUGGUUCAGACACGGAUCAGGAGAAUCUGAUCCAGGAAUCAUCUUCACUCAUGGAAACAGGAGUGAUCAGUGUAAGAAAAGCUCUGAGACUGUUUCUCCUACACAGAGCUGUAUCUACAAACUCCCCAAGAACAACCUCAGCCUCUCUGAUGCUGGAACUUACUACUGUGCUGUAGCUGCAUGUGGACACAUCUUCUUUGGAGAUGGAACCAAACUGGACUUUGCAGAGAACAGUGUUUUGGAACCAACCAACAUACUUCUGUUUUUGGUGGCAUCAAACAUCAUAUCAGUGGCCGCACUUUUAUUUAUGUGCAGAAAACAGAACUGUCACUGUAACGAUGCUGCUGAGGGUCGCAAAGUUCUGGCUGAAUGUACUAAAGCUGUGAAGUUUGCUGCGGGGAGUUUUGCCAGUGAACCAAAGAAGAUGACUGAAGGUUCUGAAGUUUAUUCCCAUGUCAUUUAUUACCAACAAAACUGAAUUUUGUAAUCCUUACAAAACAUUUUCUGCCUUGAAGGAGAACUCUGGUGUAAAAUAGACUUUUAGUGUAAUAAAACAUAAUGAAUAGCCCACCUCUGCUCUCCUGUAGCUUUCUGAGAUACAGUUAUUUUAUUUCGUUUGCCCGAACAUGCUUUAGAAUAGACGAUAUGGGGCAUAUUUUGCCCCUGCAGAUAAAUCUCUUUUUACACUGUUAUCCAGGCUCAAAGUAGCUCCACACCUUAUUGGUAGAAUCUGGAAAGCACUGACAUUUUAAAAGAGGCAUUAAUAAUUUAAUAAUAUUAAAAACCACUGUUUACAGCCCGUAGCGUAAACUACAUCUCCAGGUGCCGCCACCACUCUACUGAUCACGACUUAAGAUGGCAGCAGAUUGUACACUUUUAAAGUUAUUUUGGAAUUCAAAAAGCUGGGGGAGAGCGAAGGAGGCCUAUUCAACAAAUGUUAGUACUCUUUAUCAUGUUUUACUACACCAAAAAAAUUACACCGGAGUUCUCCUUUAACUUUCUGUGGCAUGAUUUUUUUUCUUUUUGGAGAAAAAUAAUACCAGCACUGCUUUUUUAUAAUGAUUACCCAUACAAAUGAAUUAAACAAAUGAAACAAACGCUGUUUUAUUUCUUAAUUAAAAAUAUGUAAAUAAAAUGUAUGCUUUUCACUUUUUUAUUAUUUUUGUGCAUUUUUUUUAUAUAUUAUUUUUUAUUGAUUGUUAUUUUUA